GUCAUACCCUUAUAAAAGGCCUUUCAUGGCCCCCGCGCAAAUUCGUGGACAUAAAACACUAUCAAGAUGUACGGACGACCGUCGCGCGGCGGUGGCCGGGCGCCGCCUUCCUCCGAAGGCACCAACUUUGACAGGAACCCUAACCUAUUCUAUGCCCAGAAUCCCAUUGUCUUCCCUAAUGUUGCCUUCCAGAAUCCCUUAUCUACAGUUCCAAAAUCCAUUCUUUCCCUUCCAAGACCCCAACUUUCAGUUCCAUUCUCAGCCUACGAGGCCGGUAGGGGCCAUAGAGAUGAUUGAUAAGGCAGUCUUGAAGGCUCGUCGCGAAAUUAUAGCUGCUGGAGAUUCUGUCUCAGCUUGGAAAGUGUCUCAAGCUGCUCUGGUAAUACUCCAGGCUGACACGUGGGACUCUCUGGGUUUCCAAAUGCAGCAAGUGCCCUCCCUUCAUCGUCUUAUACUCACUGAAGGAAAGAUUAAUUCCUUCAUCCACUGCUUUGUUGGCGUUCAUAGAAUUACAACAUUGCAUGAUUUGGAAAUUGCAAUAUGCGAUACAGAGGGGGUUGAGCGGUUUGAAGAACUUGAAUUGGGACCUAUAGUGAAACAUCCAUUAGUUGUACAUUAUUUUUCUUUGGGUGCAAGCGUGACAGAAGUAUGCAGAAUAACAAGUGAAGAAAUAAUGUCUUUUCUUUUUGAGUUCAUUGAAAGCAACAGACGUAAGAAAAUAGAAAUUGAGGAGUUCUUGG